CAGCAGGUUUAAAAAUGGGUGAUGUUGAGAAAGGCAAGAAGAUUUUUAUACAGAAGUGUGCCCAGUGCCACACUGUUGAAAAGGGAGGCAAGCACAAGACUAGGCCAAAUCUCCAUGGUCUCUUUCGGUGGAAGAGAUGUCAGGCUGUUGGAUUUUUCUACACAGAUGCCAACAAGAACAAAGGUAUCCCCUGGGGAGAGGAUACAUUGAUGGAGUAUUUGGAGAAUCCCAAGAAGUACAUCCCUGGAAUAAAAAUGAUCUUCGCUGGCAUCAAAAAGAAGGGAGAAAGGGCAGACUUAAUCACUUACCUCAAAAAGGCUACUAAUGAGUAA